AUGGAGGUCUUCGAAAAGGCUCAGACGGUCGACCCCGAGGUCAGAGCCCACAUCUAUUCGCUCGUCUCGGCCAUUGGUGGCAGUAGUACUGUUCACGAAGGCCAAUAUGUUCUCGGAGACGACGCCCUGGCCUGUUUGAAGGACUUGUCACGAUGGAUCCGCUCUUACGAUGACCGAAUGAACAGACACGAUGUCAAGAGAUGUAUGGCCGAAGCAAACCUUCUCAGAGGAGAUCUACUUCCUAUCCUCGCUCAGCAAGGAGACAAGACUGAACGCAGCGCCCUCGCAACCAAAAUCGCCCUUAGCUGUCUCGACUUGCUCAAUACUCUGACAUGGCCAAUCGAACGGAAAGAAGAGACCAUGACCAUCAACACUCAUAGACAUCUCCCCUACAUCAGGCUAGCCCAGGUCGAAUACAAGCGUGCCGUCCUACACUGGGAAUCUGCCCAAAUCCUUCGUACCGCAAUCAGCGUCGCCGUUCCCGCCAUCACACAACCUAGAGUCGAUCGAUCUCCCAGAGACGAAUCAAUCAUCGGUGUUGUACUCUACUUCCUCCGGAAUAUUGCUAUCAUCGCACAACCAGCAGACCUGCCGACUUCAUCCGACAACAACGAUAUCAACAGACUGGAAACCAUCAAUGCAUUCCACCAGCAGAACGUCUUGCAGCUCCUGCUCACGAUCGCCUCGAGUGUCACCGACGAGUACCCCAUGCACGAUAUCGUCCUCUUGGAUAUUCUCUUCCAGCUGCUCAAAGGCAUUGAUCCCAAAGACCUGUUCAAGAAUGAGAAGCAACUGGUAGAUGCCAGGAACGAUGAGUUCAAAGCUCUGCUGGACAAAGAGAAGGCCAUGAAUGCCUCAUACGCAAGAAAUGCUCCCAGUCGUCAUCACCGCUUCGGAACCAUGAUUUGGGUGAAGCGACCGGAUGAGAAAGUAUCCACUCUUAGCGGUCAAAACGUCUUCUUCGAUGAGCAAAAGACACUACACCAAAUGGAUAAGUCAAAACUCUGGAACAAGCCAAAGGGUCGGAAGAAGAAUACAGAGGUUCAAGAUGAGAACAACGACUUUGACAACAACGUCAUCCUGGACGAAUCUACACGGAAAGUUGUCCGUCAGUUUGUCGAGGAUUUCCUAGACUCCUCGUUCAAUCCGCUUUUCAACAGUCUUCGUCGUGCCCUCACGUCGGAGGCCGAGCGGGCUCAGAAAUAUCAUAACCGUCAGUACUACUACCUGAUGGGUUGGUUUCUGCAAGCGGAACGUGCUAGACAAGACUUGCUCAAGCGAAAUGGCAAAGUGCAUGAUGCUGCUGUCGAAGACUCGCCCUUUGCAUACAUCGCCGCUGUCAUGACCCAGGAAAACUUCAUCUUGCUGGGACGAAAAAUUCAGCAGAGUUUGGACGAUAAGGAGUGGUCUGAUCUGCACGCUUGUAUGCGGGCGUUUACCCAAAUCCUGUUGACAGUGGCUGCAAUGGCAGACUCGGCUUCCGAAGAUGACCAGGAGAUUGCCGAGAACAUCCAGAACAGAAUCUUCUACGAGGAAACCACACACGACCAAGUCAUUGCUGUGCUUAGAGGAUACAAUGGCCAAGGAUUUGCAUUCUUGGAUGCAUGCACAGACAUGGCUCACACUUUCUUACGCAUGCUAGAACGCUACAGCAAACAGAACGUCGACAUGCAAGUUCGCUCAAAACGACGUGCUAGAAGAAAGCGCAAAGCCGAAGCUCAAGCCAAUGGUGCCGAAGACGAAGGUGCAGCAUCUGAGGCUGAGGAUCGGGCUGAUGCUCAGCGCGCAGUGAGCGAGCGCAAGUUCGAUUUCACAAGAUUCGCCAGCAAGUUCAUGACUGAGAGUGCUGUCAACACGUUCGUCACCUUUACGAGCUACUACAAAGAUCUUGACUUAGAGCAGCUGAAGAGAUGUCAUCGUUUCUUUUACCGCUGCGCCUUCAAGAUGGAACGAACAAUCUUCUUGUACAGACUUGACAUCCUACACUUGUUCAAUCGCAUGAUCAAAGGGCCAGAAGGACUAUCGAAAGAGAUGCCUCUGUUCAAAGAAUGGGAAGAAUUGGUCAAGCAAAUCUUCAGACGCUGUUUGAAGAACCUUGACCAGCGUAGAGAGCUUAUGGUAGAGAUGCUGUUCACAAAGAUGCCGAACACAAUCUUCUACCUCGAGAAUGGCUACGACAUGGAGAUUACAAAAGCUAGACCCAGACCACCAGCUGAGUUGGUAGUGAAACCUGGAUUGAGUCAGGAAGAGCAGAUCGCUGUUGCUGUCAGUGUGCUUGUCAACCAAGGCAAACUCGACGCGUUGGCGUGGAUCAAGAACGUUCUCAAUUCUGCUGCAGAAGACAGAAAGUCUUGGGAAGAUCUGCAUGCUGCUCAGGCAAGCAUUGAGAACAUUUCGAAUGGCGAGUCCGAGACCACAAAUACUGCGAACAACCAAGACCCCGAAGCACCAACUGAACCAGUCGAGCCCGCAGACCAAACCGACAAACCUAAGGCUCCUUUCAUCACACUCAAGCCCGACACCGAAGAACGCAAACUCAGCCUCUUCAAGGACAAAUUCUUGCGUUUGCUUCUCAAACUACUUGCUCUUGAACGUCUUGGCGAAAACGACGACCCAGACGCUUCAUGGAUCGUUCCUUCUUCCAUGCCAUCAUCACUUAUACUAUCCAACCUCGCUCUGAUCAAAAAAUUCGAGUUUGAUCUUCCAACCUUCGAAGGCGGUGUAGCCCCUGAGUCUCUUCUUAGAAGCAAGAGUGCGGCGGGCUUACACGCCAGAGCAGAUCAAAGUGCUGCUGCCAGCGCAGUCAAUAGCGAUGAAGAAGGCGACACCCUCUCCGACCUCGAUGCUCAAGCAGCCGCGUUGUUCGAACCCGGUGGCCCUACAUCCCGAUCUGCCGACUACGAAAAGCCAAAAGCAAGAAAGAGAUUAUUGCAGCGUAAAGCCCCUGACCUCACAGAAGCACAGAGACUUCUACGACAACAGGAAAGAGAAGAGAGGGAAAGAGAAAAGAACGCAAAGAUCAAAUCGGCACUUCGUAUCACGGAUUCUGAUGAUGAAGAUGACGAAGAAAAGGAUGCGGCGUUCUUUGCACUGGAAGAAGAGAGAAGGAAGAAGAUUAGUGGUGUUAUCAGAAAUGCAUUGCUGCAUGAGGUUGAUGAGUCUGCUGGCAAGAAGAACAAGCGCAAGGCUAAAACCACAAAAGAGAAGACGGCUAAAGGCAAGAAGAGGAAGACUAUCACUGUUGAUAGCGAUAGUGAUCGGGUCAGUGACAUUGAUCAGGACGAGGAGAUGGAGGACGUCGAUGCAGUCAGUGAGGUUGAAGAUGCACCAGAGGACACACCUAUGGACACUGUAUCGCCACUUAAAACUAACGCUGCAGCUGCAGUAGAUGCAGAUGAGGAUGAGGAUGUCGUGCAGGCUAGACCUGCUCGAGCAAGAGCAACAGCGAGACUGCCGUUCUUAGACGACAGCGAUAGCGAUUGA